CCAAACCCAAACCCAAACCCAAACCUAAACCCUAAUCCUUUGCGCAAGAAUCAUCCACUUUACCAUUACUCCAUCUCUCAAAUCUAUCUUGAAAUCAAAAACCAUGGUUUUGAUUUGAUACAUACAGAAAAGAAAAGAAAAGAAAAGAAAAGAAGAAGAAAAACCACCAUCAUAUCCCAGAUGUGUUCCAUGAAACCCUUGCUCCUUAUCUCCUUGUUCAUCCUCCUCUCCGUGGACCAGGCUAUAUCUGCCCCAGAUAACACAAACUUAGUAUACAAAGGAUGUGCAAAGCAACCUCUAUCAGAUCCAAAUGGGGUUUACUCAUCCGCCCUCUCUGCCAUUUUUGGGACAUUAAUUCAACAAUCUUCAAAAGCAAAGUUCUUCAAGACAACCAGUGGCAAUGGACAAGCAUCUGUUUCUGGUCUUUUUCAGUGUAGAGGAGAUCUGAGCAAUGUUGAUUGCUACACCUGUGUCAGCAGACUGCCAAUCUUGAUGGACAAGCUCUGUGGUAAGACCGUGGCUGCAAGAAUCCAGCUCUUGGGGUGUUAUAUGCUUUAUGAAGUUUCUGGGUUUGCUCAAAUCUCUGGAAUGGAGUUGCUUUACAAGACUUGUGGGUCAUCUAAUGCUGGUGGAAGUGGGUUUCAAGAGAGAAGGGAUUCCGCCUUUUCAAGUUUGGAAAGUGUUGUGGGGAGCGCAAGUGGUGGAUUUUAUACAACAACUUAUGAAUCUGUGUAUGUUUUGGGGCAAUGUCAAGGUGAUUUAGGGACUUCUGAUUGUGGGAAUUGCGUGAAAAGUGCUGUGCAGAGAGCACAAGUGGAGUGUGGGAGCUCCAUCUCAGGUCAAAUCUAUCUUCAUAGAUGCUUCAUUAGCUAUAAUUAUUACCCAAACGGAACCCCAAAGCCCAAAAACCCAUCAGCAUCAGCAUCCUCUUCCUCUUCCUCUUCAUAUUCAUCACCUUCAUCUUCGUCUUCCUCUUCCUCUUCAUCAUCAGGAUCAAAUACAGGGAAAACGGUGGCGAUCAUCUUAGGAGGAGCAGCAGGAGUUGGGUUUUUAAUAGUGUUUUUGUUGAUGGCUAGAAAUGCAAUGAAGAAACAUGAUGAUUACUGAAGAACCAAAGAUCCAAUUUUUGAGUGUGGCUUCUUUCCUUGGUCUUUUUCAAAUCCAUGAGGCAAAGAAGAAGAAAUUGUUUUUUGGUAGAUUUAGAGGGGAAUGGGAGUGGGAAUGGUGGUGAAUAUUUAGAAAAGAAGAAGGAUGUAAGAACUAAGAAUGAAUGUUUGUCAAUGGUGGAAAAAGAUGGGGGAAAGACUGCUGUCAAUUUUUUGUUUUAAUUAAUUUUAAUAUUAAAUUA